AUGCCUACUGAUAGAGCUUUUAACUUAUACUCCAAAUCGGCGAGCAAGAAAAAAUCCAGCAAGCGCCAACCUGGGGAGGGUUGCAGCAAUCCCUCCGCGAAGAAGGCUCGAACAGGGGAUCCUCCUACGCCAACUCCCACCAAAGAGACAACUCCUCCGCCAAUUCCUGUCAAAGAGACAACUCCUCCACCAACUUCUGUGAAUCAAAAUCCCCCAGCUCCAGUCGAACAGACUUCUCCUGCAGCACCUGCUGACCUCACUCCUCCAGCUUCCACUGACCAGACGCCUGCUGGUCGCCCAAAAGAAGCCUCAAGAGAAGAUCUUACGAGCGUGGUGCUCAAUUCAGCCAAAGAUAGGAUGACCAAGAUAACAAAGCACCGUCGCAGUCGAGAGGCCAUCUAA